CAGGCUCUGUAAGAAAGCGGCUGAAGCACGCUGCCUUGGGUCGGGCUUCCCGUGUGCUGCCGCUGACCUGAAGGCAGAGCUCGGCUGCCCCUCUAGGCUGAGGCAGAAGUGGCAUCUUUGAACCGCCGUAUCCAGCUGGUGGAGGAGGAGUUAGACCGAGCCCAGGAGCGCCUUGCCACAGCUCUGCAGAAGCUGGAAGAGGCGGAGAAGGCCGCAGAUGAAAGUGAAAGAGGCAUGAAAGUCAUUGAAAACAGAGCUCUGAAGGACGAGGAGAAGAUGGAACUGCAGGAGAUCCAGCUCAAGGAAGCCAAGCACAUUGCAGAGGAGGCGGACAGAAAGUACGAGGAGGUCGCUCGGAAACUGGUGAUCAUAGAAGGAGAUCUGGAGCGUACCGAAGAGAGAGCUGAGCUUGCAGAGUCUAAAUGUUCCGAGCUGGAAGAAGAGCUGAAGAAUGUCACCAACAAUCUCAAGUCUCUUGAGGCUCAAGCUGAGAAGUACUCCCAAAAAGAGGAUAAAUACGAAGAGGAGAUCAAGAUCCUGACUGAUAAACUCAAAGAGGCGGAGACCCGCGCUGAAUUCGCUGAACGGUCUGUAGCCAAGCUGGAGAAGACCAUUGAUGAUUUGGAAGAUAAACUGAAAUCCACCAAAGAGGAACAUCUCUGCACGCAAAGAAUGCUGGACCAGACCCUGCUUGACCUGAACGAUAUGUAACGGAUCCCUGCCACUGCCUCCACCACGCGAUGCCGGGGGGGCCAGCCCAGCCGCUGCUGACCUCUAACCCUUGGGGACCAGAGUUUACUUGCUGUUGCCAACUUGACCAAACACAAAUCUUCUCCUUUGCCUCAGGGUUAAAGGCCAUCAGGUUGGGCAGAGCUUCAACCACCAUUAUUAUGAAGGGAAAGAAACAAUGCAAUAAUGUUUGGGGAGCAUGUUUGAGAUGUACACAUUUUGUAACUACCUUUUUUUGUAGCAAGCAACCAUUGUAAACAUUCCAAGUAACUCGUGAGGUUGGUGAGCUACACAUCAAAGCUCUUGGCUUUAAAAUUUGGUGUUAACCUUCUGUUAAUCAGCUCUGGGCCAACUCU